ACUGAUAAAUUCCCUGUCAUCAAAACCCUCAUCUCCAUCUAGGGUUCUUGCACACAACAUAUUCUUCAGAUUCUCCGCUUCUCUAGCAAUUUAUCGGCCAUAAGUUUAUAACGAAUAUGGCGGCUCAGAUGAGCAAAAAGCGAAAGUUUGUGGCGGAUGGAGUUUUCUUUGCGGAGUUGAACGAGUUAUUUACACGUGAGCUGGCGGAAGAUGGAUACUCUGGGGUAGAAGUUAGGGUUACUCCCGUGAGGACUGAGGUUAUCAUCCGCGCAACGCGCACUCAGAACGUUCUUGGAGAGAAGGGGAGGAGGAUAAGAGAGCUUACUUCUGUGGUGCAGAAGAGGUUCAAGUUUCCGGAGAACAGUGUCGAGUUGUAUGCUGAGAAAGUUAACAACAGGGGGCUUUGUGCCAUUGCUCAGGCUGAGUCCCUUCGGUACAAACUCCUUGGUGGCCUUGCUGUCAGACGGGCAUGCUAUGGUGUUUUGAGGUUUGUGAUGGAGAGUGGAGCCAAGGGAUGUGAGGUGAUUAUUAGUGGGAAGCUGAGAGCUCAGCGUGCCAAGUCCAUGAAGUUCAAGGAUGGCUACAUGAUUUCUUCUGGUCAGCCGGUGAAAGAAUACAUAGACUCAGCUGUCAGACAUGUUCUACUUAGACAGGGAGUACUUGGUAUCAAGGUCAAGAUCAUGCUCGACUGGGAUCCCAAAGGAAAGUCCGGGCCAACAACUCCCCUUCCAGAUCUCGUCACAAUUCAUCCUCCAAAGGAAGAAGAAGUCAUCAGGCCAACCAUGCUACCGGCUGAAGUUGAGGUGCAAGCAUAGAGCAUCUGCGGCUGAACUUUUAGAUUUGAGUUAGUUUUGUUUUCUUGAAAACCUUUGUAAUCCUUUGACAAAUGAGAACUGUAGAAAUGAUGAGUUCCACCAAUUUUCGGCCUACAAUACAAAUUUGUUUUUCUUUAGAUGUCAAAUAUUGUUGAACGACUAAUUUUAUUUGUCAUUUUGAUUUGUUUCUUUUGUUGUAGACAAUGGAGUUCGAAAGGCUUGAUUCUAAUAUUCAUUGCCACUUACCUUUA